GGUAAAAAUUGAUGGAGCAAGCUUCGAGUGCCGCGGUGCAACAGCCCACGGCGUGGACACGCGGGCCAUGCACAUCUUGUCAACGCAGCUAUAAGUUUUACUGUCCCAAGUGUAAUAUUCCGCUUGGAGCACCCGAUAAUGUGACGGUUCCAGCGCUCAAAUUGCCGCUGCAGGUGCACGUGUGGUUUCAGGACAAGAUCAAGAAGAGCACAGCGCCACACGCCAAGGUGCUAGCGCCACAGGAUGUUCAGAUCGUGCCCUAUCCAGCAAAGGGUGGAGAAACGCUACCGACUUACACGCGCGAGAACGCUGUCGUGGUGUACCCAUCCUUCGAGGCUGAAACGCUCGAGCAGAUCAACGCAGAGGAGCUUCGAGAUAUCCGCACGCUUAUCUUCAUUGACUGUCCGUGGCAAAAAGCGCCCGUGAUCAUGACAGACCCAGCGAUUACCGACUUACGCCACGUGAAACUUGCUCAGCCUCCGAAAGAAAGCAAUUUCUGGCGCUACCACAAGGCAGGAGCAGGUUGCGUCUCCACGAUUGAAGCUAUUCAACUAAUGCUGGAGGAGUACACUGCAGCUGCAAAGAGGGCGGAGAUCUCAUUACCGGAGGGCUCGGAGGAUACGCAGCUGUCAGACUUGCUGUUCUUCUUUAAGCUGCAGUUCUCGCGUAUCGCUGAACAUUUUGAAACUGAAGCUGAUCCAGAAAGGAAGCCACCGAUGGACGCCGACGAGAAGGAGCGUCGUCGUUUGAUGUAUAGCCAAAAGGAUAAGGGAAAGAAGCGACGACUCGAGAACAAAUUGCAGGCUUGGGAGGCGCGCUCCAAGGCGAUUCAAGCUGGCGAACAGCCACCGGCCACAACGCAGAGCAAACGUCACCGUCGGUGCUACAACUGCAAGAAGGACGACCACCACUCGAAAGACUGUCCACAGCCAUGCCGGUACUGCAAGCAAGUUGGCCAUUUCAGCGCCAAUUGCGGCAUGAAGCAAGCUGCGUAUGAGCGCGAGAUGAAAUUCCAGCAAACACCGCGCACCAAGGCCUUGUAG